AUGAGUUAUCUUUGCAUCGGCGAUCCUACCUGUCAAUUUUUUGCCCCCGGUCCAGGCACAAGUUCUCUCGUCUCAUCGUACAAGUGUCUUACCGUCAGGGUGAACGCUCGCCAAAUCAAAUCCAAUUCCAAUGACCAACCAGUUCAAGAGCGAAACAUAAGAAACAGAAAUCAGUGCAAAAAAUGCCAUCCAAAUUCAGAUCACGUGAGCUACCCUUGGAUUGGUGAUCCUACGUGUCAACAUUUUCCCAUUCAGUUUGCAAGGAAUCACGCCAGGCCGAAAUGGGCGUUAACUUCGUUCCCGGGAAGUGGAGUGACGUGGACACGUCAGCUGAUCGAAGGUGUAACAGGGAUCUACACUGGCACCGCUUACGGACGUAGUGAAGACCCGAUCGUGUUAACAGCUUAUUAUAGAAACUUGGUGGACGUCAGUUGUGAAUGCACAAUUCUGAUUAAGGAUCACGACAUCACUACACCUCCUCCCGUUUACCUAAUUGCAAACAAAAAUGGAGCCAAGGUAAAUGAAAAAAAGAAAAGGAAUAAAAAAAGAGGACCAGUUUGUAGUUACAGGUACGACAAUCGAGGAGUUCUUCUCCUUCGAAAUCCCGUGGAUGCAAUGUUCGCUUUUGCGCAUUACUUGGCUUCGUCAAAAAACCACACGGGCGUAGUAUCAGAAAAAGAUUUCUCUGGUCCUGAGUGGGAAGAAUACGUUGAUUACGCGGCCAAUACGUGGGCCGAUCACGCAGUCGGCUGGAUUGAGACCAUCCAGGACGGCACUGUCCUCUUCUACGAGCGUCUACUUCUCGAAGACACUGCGGCCGAAUUGAAACGAUUAUUGGAAGUCAUUCAUUUCAGCGAUCCUCACCAUCCACCUGUCGAUCUGGAGAGGUUGCGUUGCGCUUUGCGACACAAGAAUCGCGUGGACCGCAAACGUUUGAAGAAACCCGUGGUACCACUGACAGCGGAUCAACGGAAGAAACUCGAUCGGGUUCAAACGAGUCUGCGGAAGAAAGGCUGGCCAUUGCUUCCCGUCUACUUGUACACCACCUGA